CCGUGCAACCCCAACCCAGGCACCGCCCGCCCCUCUCCCGCUGCCCCACGGCCCCGGCUGAGUCAGAAACAAAGAAGAAAAAACCCUCGUGGGCUGCGAUUCGCCCCGUGCCGCGAACCCCGACGUCACGGGCGCACGGCUAUAGAUGGAGCUCGGGAGCCCGGCGCAGCCCGGCGCAGCCCCCCGAGCUGCGGGAUGGUGGCGGCGGGGGGGGACGCGGCGGCGGCGGCGCUGCCGAUGGCUCAGAGCACCGGCCCCGUGUAACGGGAGAGGGCCCUGAGCCACGCGGGGCGAGGCAGCGCGGAUCGCGGGCGUGCUCCCCUCUGCGAGCCCCCCGCCCCGGAUCGGAGCGCAGCGAGGAACGAUGAAAAAAAAUAAUUCUGCGAAAAGGGGCAACCAGGAUGGAAACCAUCAACCUGCGCAACCGGAGAAGGUCGGCUGGGUGCGGAAAUUUUGCGGGAAAGGCAUUUUUCGGGAAAUCUGGAAAAACCGUUAUGUGGUUCUGAAGGGAGAUCAGCUUUACAUCUCGGAGAAGGAGGUAAAAGAUGAAAAAAACGUACAGGAAAUGUUUGAUCUGAGUGACUACGAGAAAUGUGAAGAGCUCAGGAAGUCCAAAAGUAGAAGCAAAAAGAACCACAGCAAAUUUACCCUUGCCCACUCCAGGCAGCCUGGAAACACGGCACCAAAUCUGAUCUUCCUGGCUGUGAGUCCAGAAGAGAAAGAGUCCUGGAUUAACGCCCUCAACUCUGCAAUCACACGUGCUAAAAACCGGAUCUUGGACGAGGUCACCGUGGAAGAGGACAGUUUCCUUGCCCACCCGACGCGUGACAGAGCCAAGAUCCAGCACUCGCGGCGCCCUCCCACGCGGGGUCACCUCAUGGCUGUGGCAUCUACCUCAACCUCUGACGGAAUGCUGACCCUCGACCUGAUCCAGGAGGAAGACGCCUCUCCGGAGGAUCACGGCACCUGCGAGGAGAGUUUCCGGGUGGAUCUGGACAAGUCCGUGGCACACCUGGCGGCGGGGCGGCGCCGCUCGGACUCGGAGAACACCAAACCAUCCGAGAAGGGGCGGACGGCGAGCCUCCCCCGGCAGGAGGCGACCUCGUGGGACAGAGCCGGGCAGCGCAAUGACUCCUUUGACAAAGGGACCAUGUACACGCCGCAGGUCCCCAAAAAGCUGUCACACUCAGAAAAGAAUAAAUGUGCCUCCAUGGAAGAAAUCCUGUCCCGGCGGGACUCUUCCACACACCGGGCGGUGCUGAGGAAGGGGCUGGAGGCUCAGUUUGCCUCGGCAGAGCCGGAGCAGCUGUCCCGGAUACAGGAACUGGUUGCACUGAAACUGGAAAAAACUCAGGAACUGCUGACAGAGGUGAAGGGCUACGGGGAAGGCAAGAGAAAGACCAAGGACUCCAACACCAGCACCACCAUCACCACCACCUCUUCUUCCUCGUCAUCUUCCAAGUCGGACUCUGAAAGGAUCCUGCAGGAAUCUGAGAGGCUGCUGGGGGAGGCUUCCUCCACCUGGAGCCAAGCCAAGAGGGUGCUGCAGGAGAUCAAAGAGCUGAGGGACCUGUACAAACAGUUUGAGCUGCAGCAGUCAGACUCCAAGCCCAAACAGAGCUCACAGUUGCAGUUUAGGAAGAGCAUGAUGUGAAGGCAAGCCUUGGGAUGGGAGGGAGGGACUGGGAAGGGCAGCCAUCUGGUCUUUUUUUUAAUUAUUAUUAUUAUUUACAGUGUUCAAAAGAGUGAAAAGGUGCCUGUUCUCACCCAAAUUUGCUUCUCAAAGCUUGGACCCUUCCUUUCCUCCAUCGCAUCCCCUGAUGAAUCAACGCAGUGUUCCAAUAAAUCAGUUGCAGUUUAUACCUCCUUUGUAAGAGCUCCCUUUGCACUGCAGGCCCCAGCUCCUGUCAUGCUCCAAGGACAGGAGGAAGUUUCUGGAAAUGCCCACGUCUGCCUGGAGCUUCCCAUGGGGUGGAGCUGGAUGAGCCCUGGUGUUGCUGCUCUCAUGUCUGGGCUGUGCCCCAAACUCUCUUUCAUGGGGGACACUUGCUCUGUUCCCUCUCAGAAAUAAAUGACAUUAGAAGGUCAAAGAAGGUUCAUCCCCAAAGUCCCCAUCAUCCAGGAACUCUCCUGAAGAUGUGGGAAGUCCAGGCUGGUCUCCAGGCCAUUUGCUGGGUGUAGCUCUCACAGCUCUGUCCUGGCACAGUCCCCUAAAAAACUUGGGGCUGGCAGCUGUUAUUUUGGGGUGCACACAGAGCCCUCCAGAAGGGCAGCAGUGCCAGAAUCCAUAUCCAGCCUGAUCCUGAAUGCCUCACAGACCCCCUUGGCCCUGAGCAGUGGGAGGUGGCAGCGAUGUGUCUUCCCUUCUGUGCAGCCAGAGGAUCAAAGCCUUGGAUUUGACAGCCCACACAGGCAGCUGGGGGGAGUUUGGGUUUUUCCAUUCUAAUUUCUACUUUUUUUUUUACCUUUUCUUUGAGCUGAAAAGUCAGGGGGUGUGUGUGGGAGCCAGACACCACAAGCCAGUGGCAGUUUUGGUAGGUUUGCUUGCUCUCUCAGGUGUCAUAGUCAGCAGCAGGCUGUGCUUGGGCUGCCCAAGGUCUGAAUCAGCCCUGCUGGAAGGAAAGCUGAGCCCAGAGCAGAGCUCAGAUCAUCAGCUCACAGGCUGGCUCAGCUUUCCCACCCACGAGCAGGACAUGGCUGUGUCUCACAAGUUCACUCGUGGUAACAUCCAACUGUUCCUUGUUUUUUAAAAGGAAACCUAAUUCUCUUACCUACAUGGCAAAUAGUCUGCAAAAAUAUUAAACCCACAGAGUUACUUCCUG